AUUAUAAUCUUUUGGAAUAAGUUGCAAUGUUGAAUCAAUCGUACUUAUGUGACAUUGAUUCAACAUAAAGUUUAUUGUGUUCAUGCAGCUUCCUUAUUUAAAUCAAAUAAUCGUUUAGUUGUAUAGAAUGAAAUAUUUAGUUGCAGCAAUAAAUAAACAAGAUAUACGAUUGAAAUAGUUUAGUCAAAACAACUAAUAUUUAUUCUAUGCAACUAAUCGAUUAUUUGGAUUUGUUCGCGAUCAAACCAAAGUUAACAAUCUUGUAUAUUUUUAUUGCGUCCUCCUGUAGAUUUAAGUUUCAAAAUUCAAGCGGUUACUUUCAUUAUUUCUUGUGUGUACACUUGAUUAUUUCGACCAGCUUCGGUGCUAUUAUUAUUUGCUUGUGUAUACGGAGUCGAGUGUUCGGUCGCUCCGUUCUUUAUCACGCGCUAACAGCGGGGACAACUCGGCGGGAAGAUCGUGACAAAAUAUUGAUAUUCUUCUCCUAAGACGCUGGCCACGGUUAUCUUAGACCAGUCAGCCAAUUAGACGAUUUCCCGCGGAAAGAUCUUUCCCCCGAAUUGUUCCCGUCGAUCGGUCGCUCUGCCGAAGAUCUCGUCGCUAACUCAGACUCUCAGAGUGAUUCGACCGAGAACGAUCGCAUUUAAAAUCACGCCGCAACGAUCCGUGAGAUUGAAAAUCGACAGACUACUGACCGACGUUGGUCGGAACUUGUUUGUGAAGGCCAAAGACAGAUUUAUUAACGCAAGUGGUGGCAUGCAUAUUGAUCGAGAAUAAAAGAAGGUCCAUUCGAGUCUUCUACAGCAAGAUGUCUACUUAGUCUGAAAGUGUCAACGGUCCUAAGACGCGAGAGUCCGCGAUUGAAAAUGAAGUACCAUAUUCUGAAAGUGAUAUUGCUAUUACGGGAAUAUCAGGUCGUUUACCCGAGUCAUCUACUAUCGAAGAGUUUAAGGAGAAUCUCAUGAAAGGAAUAGAUAUGGUCACCGAUGACGAGCGCCGUUGGCCAACGGGCCUUUACGGGCUACCAGCAAGAUUUGCCAAAAUAAAGGAUCUCAGCAGCUUUGAUGCCACUUUUUUGGGAGUUCAUCCUAAACAAGCAAAUGUUAUGGAUCCGCAGCUUCGUUUAAUGCUCGAAGCAACAUAUGAAUCUAUAAUUGAUGCUGGUAUCAAUCCUACAACCGUGAGAGGAUCGCGUACCGGUGUAUUUGUAGGAAUAUGUAACUCGGAAUCGGAAGAAUUUGGGAUGAGGGACCCAGAGGCCAUAAAUGGCGGUACAUUCAAUUCAGCAGCCGUCCUUCGUGAUGCUCUCAUCGAAAAUUUGGAAGAAGCCGAUUUCAAGACAGUUAUUUCACCAAAAAUCAAUGUUACAAGAAAUUUAGACGCGGUAUCGAGAAAGCUUUGCCCAUCGCUCGAUUACUUUGUGGUAUUUUCGUCUGUAUCAAGCGGUCGUGGUAAUAUGGGUCAAACAAACUAUGGUUUCGCAAACUCAGCCAUGGAAAGAAUGAUGGAAGAGAGGCAGACUAAUGGUUUAUCUGGUCUUGCCAUUCAAUGGGGUGCCAUCGCAGACGUUGGCUUAAUCAUGGAAAUGAUGGGUGGUAACGACGCCGAGGUGGGCGGUAUUAUACCACAACAGAUAUCAAGUUGUCUCGCAACGAUGGAUAUAUUCCUUCAACAGUUACAUCCGGUGUUGGCUUCUUCGGUGUUAGCUGAAAAAUAUAAAUCCGACGAUGGCAACAAGGCCAAUCUUGUCACAACUGUUGCCAAUAUCUUAGGCAUUAAAGAUGUUGAUUCGAUUAAUCCCAAUAAUACCUUGGCCGACUUGGGUAUGGAUUCGUUAAUGGGCACGGAGAUAAAACAGACUCUUGAAAGAAAUUACGAUAUCGUAUUAUCGGCGCAAAAGAUUCGUGCCUUAACUAUUGGUACAUUGCAAGAAUUAUCAAGAAGAUAAUUCUUGCAAUGUACCGAUAGUUAAUAAAGGUGAUAUUACUAACUCUUAUUCGAUCAUAACUGUGUUAUAUGACCGAAAGUAACGGCGCGCAGUUUGGUUGAGUCUGAGAAAGUAUAUAAAAUCACACGUAUAUAUAAAGCACUAAGAUCUAGCUAUGACCAAAUAGGCCUUCUUAUUUGAAAUUGUAUGUUAUAUGUAUCGGUCGAAUAUCUCUCUAGUUUAUAAUUUCUUUAUUAUUGUAAUCGGUGGGUAGUUCGUAUCAAAUAUUAGUUACAUAUAGAUAGUUAGUAAAAGAUAGUUAGUACAUCUAUUACUAUCAAUUUGAUGUACUAACUUCUAAAAUAGUAUAGAAAUGUUAUAAUACAUUGCAUUAUUAAUAAAAAAUGUUAACGCAUUA